ACGGCCACUUUCAUCGUUGAUUGAACACGCGACGGUGGAUGAGUGCGGUUAGACGUCUCCAGUCUACCAUAACAGCCUAUCAUUGGUUCGGCCAUCAGACCGCGAGUCGUCGUGGCCCACCACCGGAACGCUAAACCUCACAUCAGAUGGCCGACGGACCCGACGGACCCGACGGACCUACCCCUCUGGCCCUGAGGGGUACUUUUUGGCCACCCCGAGCUAGCUGACGGAGAGGCUGAAAGCCAAGAGUAAACAGAGAGAGCGAGCCACUCAGCCAGCGGACCAGCUGGCCAGCCAGCCCAAAGAACCAAAGAAGAGAGAAACCAGGAGAAAAUCAUGAACAGACACCCAUCGACUGUCUAAGACGGGCGCCCAUCACUACGCCAUACAUCCGCUCCUCACCAUUCGCCCCACCCACGCCCUGAUCAUGAAGGGCGUGGCUGACGUGGAGCCUUGUCGUGAUUGAGUGGGUCCACCUGGUCUGAUGGAGUCGUUGGUGGAGGUGGAGGAUUUCCCGGGACGCUUGUUGCACGUGGCCGCUUUGUGGGAUAACGGCGAGUUGUUGACGGAUUUGCUGCACGGUGAGGAGCGGGCCUGUUUGGAUGCCCGUGAUUCGUUGGGCCGCACGGCCUUGCACGCAGCUGCCACCAAUCCAGCUUCGCGUUGUUUGACCAUCUUGUUGGCGGCGGGCGCCGAGGUCGAUGCGUUGUGCGGGGUCAAAGGUGAUGGUCGCACGCCGUUGCACGUGGCGGCCGAGCAUGGGCACGCCCACAAUGCCCGUCGUCUGGGCGAGGCCGGGGCCAAUUUGCUCUUGCGCGACCAAAUGGGUCUCACGGCUUUGGAUCUGGCCGAGAAAGGUCAUCAUGAGAAAUGCGCUCAGGUUCUUCGAGAAAUGGCUCGCUUUCAAGAAGAUGAACGUUUAGCAUUGCUGCAGUCGCUGCGUACGAGUUGUGUUGGCGGCGAUUUGACCGCCUUAAGAGCCGUGAUUGAUCCUUUGGAUGCUCCCACCAUUUCGGCUUUGGUCAACCAUGCCAGCAGUGGUAGCAACACCUUGCUCUUCAAGGCCAGCGAAUACGGUCAUCGGGAACUCGUCCAGUAUCUCAUUGAACGGGGCGCUGACGGGCGCAGUCAUCCCGUCACCAAAUACUCGCCGCUCUACAUCGGCGCCUACAACGGACAUCGCGAUGUGGUCGAGUUGCUGCUCCGACGCUUUCCGAAGCUCAUCCAAGUGCUCACGGUCGAGCAAUGGAGUCCGCUCCAUGCGGCUUGUAUCAACGGUCAUAGCACCAUCUUUGAGAUCCUUCUCAAGUACCCGUUUCGAUCCGAGUUAAUGAGGACCUUUCGUGACAAGACCGGCCAAUGGUCUUACGAUCUGGCCUUUGACGUGAACCAAUGUGAUGUGACUGGGCAAAGUGUUUUGUACCUGGCUUGUUGUAUCGGCAAUCAGAAGAUAGUGGAUACUCUGUUGACCUUGCGAGUACGAGCGCGAAAAGUCACGGCCUUGGCUGGAAAUGAUCCCAGUGUCUCAGUGCCGGUCCAAAGUCAAAGUCAGGACGAUAUGAGUCUCGAAAGUUUGCAGAAGAAGGCCAAAGUGACGGGAAUCCAAGCUUUGAUCUCAAAGUUGCGGGGUGGGGGAAGUCAAAACGACGAUUCCCUUUUGGCUGAUGAUGAGAAGUGGUGGAACCCCGUGGAUCUGGAUCUGUAUUGUAACAAUGGCCAGGAGACGGCCUUGCACCAUGCAGUCAAACGACGGGAACACACCAUUGUCAGUCGCUUGUUGAGAGCUGGUGCCAAUCCGAAUCUCGUGAUUUAUGCAAACGAAGGCGAUCCGGCCUCGCAGACCUCUUUGGCAUUUGAUGAGCAAUUUUACUUCAGAGGCUCAACGGCUUUAGUCGAGGCCUGCAAGAACCGAGAUAUGGGCAUGAUUGAUUUGCUUCUCAAGUAUUCGGCUCGAGACGAUGAUAAUAAGGCCUUGUAUAUCGCCCUCCAGCACAAGGACGAUGUGAUUGUGUCCAAACUCUUGAGCCUGAAGGCCAAUCACGACGUGGAGAACGAGAUCAACAAGAAGGGUAUUUCCGACUUCAAUCAUAGCCAUCACUCGUUUGCCAAGGGUUUGGCCUCCAGCCUAGCGUACAGCUCGAUUUUCCCCUCCACAUCCGUGAUGAUCAACUGGCACAACCAAGGUGGGUAUCUCCACACCAUCUCCGAGCAGUACAUCAUCGAUGCCACCAUGCGACUCAACCCCAAAUUGAAGCUCAGUCCCAAGUUCCAGUUUUCGGCCAUCCAUGCCGUCACUCGACUGGAUUUAUCCAACAAUCAGCUCACUGACAUCCCGGAUUGUAUUUGGUCUAUGCAGAGCUUGAAGUUCCUCAAUCUGGCUCAGAAUAAAUUGGACAGUUUGCCCUCCAACAUCCAUAGAAAGAUUGGCCUCAGCGCUCUGAGGAGCGCCCGAUCGUCGUUAUAUUCUUGCCCGUGGCUGGAAGAGAUCCAAUUGCAAGAUAACCGAUUAGAAACCCUGCCCGCAGCCAUGUUCGGCUUACCCUCUCUGAUGUGUCUGGAUGUGUCGAACAACAAACUUCAGUUCUUGCCCUAUGAAUUGUGGUCGGCCUCCAAGCUGAAGGAGCUCAAUCUCUCCUUCAACCUUUUGUCAGAACUUCCGGGAACUCGAUUUCCGCUGAAAGAGGACGAUGACAAUUCAACGUGUUCGACCUCUCAUCCAGCUCGAGAUUCGUCAUCCAUCUCGGAUUUGUCUCUGGCCGAGACUGACAGUGAUCUGGACGACACGAAUCUUGCUAGCGGGGAAUAUCCAUCCAACACGGAUGACGAUUCAUCUUCGUCAUUGAAGCAAUCGAACGCGGAGAAACGCAAAUGUUUGGAAAAGUCCGAAGUGCGACACCUGAACCUUUGGUCGGGUUGCGUGGACGUGGUGGACCGUGUCAGUGCCGACAUCAAGGACGCCAAUGAGGAAUCCUCGUGUUUGAUGAGUCUCAAUCUGGCCCAUAAUUCGUUCACGGUGGUGCCUCGCUGUCUUAGUUGUUUGUGCCCGAGUUUGGCUCGGCUCAAUCUAGCCUACAAUUCUCUGACCAAAUCCGGAGCCAUCUCCAACUACCCGCAGUCCAUCAAGCAUCUGGAUUUGUCCAACAAUCAGAUCAACGAUUGGUUAGGUGAAACCAGUCGAUAUGCGUUCAAUGACAAUUAUUGCUACUCAUUGGUGGAGCAACCCCAAGUUGACGAGGACCCACCGAAUACAAACAAGAAGUUUUCGCGCAUGAUGCAACGCCAAAGUGUGGCCAAGAUCAAUGCGUGUGUACACAAGAAACACCCGAGAUUGGAGAACCUGCGCACCUUGAUCUUGAGUGGGAAUGCCUUGACGUAUGUAAACUUCUAUUCCCGUGGUGAUUUGGAUGGUUCGGGGAGUCAGAAUUCCGAGGAUAAUGUAGUGAUAUCCGAUCCCACCGCCGGAGAUCGGAACGUGGUGAUGACGAAUCUGAAGAGCUAUCGUAUUGUGUUCCCGGCCCUGAGCAUGUUGGACGUGAGCAAUAACGAGAUUCAUGCCAUUCCUUCUACAUUGAAUGACCUUGUCAAUCUGUCAGUGCUCAACAUCAGUGGCAACACCAAAGUCACCGAAUUACCCCCACAAAUGGGCCUAUUGAACAAAUUAUGGAACUUGAACACUGCUGGCUGCUCGCUUCAAGAGCCUUUGCUCACGAUGACCUCAUCCAAGGCCUAUAAAACGUCGGACAUCAUUGGGUACCUCCGAUCCGUUCUCGAGAACUCCAAACCGUAUGCUAGAAUCAAACUCAUGGUGGUUGGAAUUCAGGGCAUUGGCAAGACUACCCUUUUGGAGCAACUCCGACAAGAAAGUGGAUCCUCAUUCCGAAGGAAGCCUAUGGAGCAUUGGGCGAAACGGAUGGGCAACAAGAACAUCAACAUGAAGACUGGGAAAGGCGUGUCCAUAUCCACUGUGGGUGUGGACAUUGGAGAUUGGACCUUUGAAAAACGAGCUGAGCGCGGCCACCCCUCGUUUGGACCUGUCGUAUUCCGAACGUGGGACUUUGGUGGGCAGACCGAGUAUUACGCCACUCACCAGUAUUUCCUGUCCAAGCGAAGCCUUUACUUGGUGGUUUGGAAGAUCACGGAUGGGGAGCGCGGAGUCAAUGAGAUCAUGCAAUGGUUGAUCAAUAUCCAAGCACGAGCACCCAAUAGCCCGGUCAUUAUUGUGGGCACUCAUUACGACGUGGUGAAAGACGAAUUUCCGCCGAGUUUCUCCGAGUAUCUCCAGCAAAAGAUCCGUGGCCGCUUCAUUAACAUCUCGGAUCCAGAGAAAUGUGGUCUGCCUCGAGUUCUGGAUUCCAUAGAAAUCAGCUGCAAGACUAAAUUCAAUGUUCGCAUCUUGGCCAAUCUCUUGUAUGAAACGGCCUUCAAUCUGAAAAGUCCUGGGAGUAAAACGCGUCUGCUCGAGCAGAAAAUUCCAGCCACGUAUUUGGCAUUGGAGGAUUUGAUCGCAGCAUUGAGCUCGGAGCUGAAGGCCCAAGGAUCGGAUCCCGUGCUCAAUCAGGAGCAAUUCGAAGAGACCAUUAACCUGGAGCUCGAGAAGCGAUUCCAUUUGAAGUUUCGCGACAACACCGAACUCAACCAAGCCACCAAAUUCCUCCACGAGAACGGGCUCCUUCUUCAUUAUGACGAUGCCACCCUAAGGGAUCUGUAUUUCCUUGACCCUCAAUGGCUGUGCGAUAUCCUCUCGCACGUGGUCACCAUCCGAGAGAUCAAUCCCUUCGCCAAGAACGGAGUCAUGCGAUUAGAAGAUCUUCGGCACGUGUUCAAAUCCUCGGCGUCGAUCUCGGUGACUGCCAAAUCUUACAUCGUAAAUCUCUUAAACAAAUUCGAAGUGGCCCUCACGUGGGACAGUCGGACUUUAUUGAUCCCUUCGCUACUGCCGACUGAGCAACAAAUGAGGAGUGGCGUGCCCGGAAUGGAUUUACGAGUGAAAAUCGCCGUUCGAAGUCGCGGUUGGGGGUUUCGAGGUCGUCGCGCUGGACAUCAAAUCGCCGCAACGACGGCUAGUGCAGCUUCAAGCAACGAAAAAACUUACAACAGGAGCCGAUCCGUCCCGGCACGUCAAUUGUUGAAAGGUGGCAAGUUGAAGAUAUCUGGCCCCGUGGUCGAAUCUUCUUCGGGAGGAGCAAAAGAGAAGAGCAAGGAAAGCGAUAAGGAUUACGAGAUGACGAGGCGUUCUGAGGCUGAACAUGCCAUUCAUCGCCUCUGUUUGAUGUCCUACUUCCCGUCUGGCUUCUGGUCUCGGUUGUUGACGAGGAUUCUCGCCGAUGACACAGUGGUUGAGAUUGUACGAUCCUAUUUCAUCAUCCCCGAAGAGAUCAAUCAAGACCCGGUGCUCACCAAGAUUUUCGUGGAUCAAAAGCCCGAGUGGGUGUGUUGGCAGACGGGCAUUGAGCUCCGGUAUAUGGAGACCACCUUGUUCAGUUUGAAGCAAGUUCAGCACAAGAUCCAAGGUCAACACGACUAUUCCAACUACGAGAUGGUCAUCUACUUAGAGGAGUGUUGGAACCCCGUGGACUCGCAGCAAUCCUCCAUUAUGGAAGUGAUUCUCCCCCAAGACACCGUGGUCAUCAAACGGACCGUGCUUCCCACCAAUCAGGGCGAAUCGAUCGGUUAUCAGGCCAUCGUACUUGAUCCGAAUCCCAAAUCCGUUUGCCAGCUUCUCGCCUUGGCCGUGGAACACAUUGACACCUUGUUGGAGGAUUGGUACCCAUCGCUGGGAACGCGUUUCUUGCAUACUUCCGAAGGGAAGAUGUUGGUGACUCGCUUGAUCCCAUGUCCUCGAUGUCUAGCCGAGGGAAAGGCCCGUGAGGCGGUGGUCAAUAAUGGCCAGUCGUGGCAGGAUUGGAGUUUCCUACCCGACAAACUUCAGCGAGAGGCGCAGAUCCGUCAUCAGAGUCGGGAAAGCGCCACUUCAGAUAAAGACAGUGGUGUGGGACAAGAGAGUCCCCGGGGCUCUAGGAAAUCCACCACCGACUCUGUGGGCGUUGAGGCCAAAGAACAAGACGAAGGGGGAGGUGAUCCAGAAGGUAGUAGCUCUUCAUCCGUGGACGAGAAAGUGUACUCGUUUCUGGUGGAACAGACCAUCUUGGAGGCGUUUGAAGGGACCAACCCCCAUUGUCCGAAGCACGGGGACUUGGUUUUGGGUCAUAUCGCUCCGGAUACCGUGUUCCUCGACCUCGACGAGCGAUUGAGAAUCAGCAAUGAAAACAUCAAACAGGGGGAUCUGAUUGGCAGAGGCGCCUUCGGAUUCGUGUACGAGAGUGUUUGCAAACUUCGGGGGUCGAAUGUGCAUCGAAACGUAGCCGUGAAGAUGCUCCAACCCAUCGACCCGGGCCCAAAUGCUCGGGAAUCAACUGAGGCUGCCUUCAAAAUAAACCGAUCCAAAUGGGAGCGGGACCCCUUGCAAUAUGCGUGCAAGGCCUAUUGCUCCGCUCGACAAGAGUUGAACAUCCUGAUUCACUUGAAGCACUCGCACAUUGUUCCCCUGAUUGGGAUCUGUUCCAAUCCGUUGUCCAUCGUCUUGGAAUUGGCUCCGCAAGGUGCUUUGGAUCAAAAGCUCAAUCAGUACCGUCGAUUUGGUGACAAGAUCUCGGCCAAGAGCGUCCAACUCACCAUCCUGCAAGUGGCUCGUGCCCUCGAGUACCUUCAUCAGCAUCACAUCAUCUAUCGGGAUCUCAAGUCUGAGAACGUGCUCGUGUGGCAACUACCCGAGCCUUUCUCCAAGAGCCCCGUCCAGGAUGUCCAUAUGAAAUUGGCUGACUACGGUAUCAGUCGGCCCACCCUGCCCACGGGUACCAAGGGCUUUGGCGGCACCGAGGGCUUCAUGGCCCCCGAGAUUGUCAAGUACAAUGGUGAAGAGGAGUACACGGAGAAAGUGGAUACCUUCUCCUUCGGCAUGUUCAUCUACGAGCUACUUACGCUUCAGCAGCCCUUCACCGGUUUCGAGAGUGUGAAGGAGCUGAUCUUGGAAGGGGGUCGUCCCCCUAUCACGUACAAAGAGCUGGCCUAUCCCACCUACUUCAUCGACCUGAUGGUCAUGUGUUGGUCCCAACAACCUCGAGAUCGACCCACUGCCAGCCAAUUGGUCUCCAUCUCAAGUGCUCCUGAAUUUCUUCACCUGGUCGAUGCGGUGGCCUUGAACUAUGGCCUUUGUUGUGCCCACGCCAUUGUGCCCAGUGUGUCGAGCAAGCAAAACACUGAGCUUUGGAUGACUUGCAGCUCGGCCUUCGAUGAGCGUCCUCAGCUACACGUGCUCGAAGUGAAUCCCCUGGGUUGGCAAGAUCACUUGAUCUUGAAAACGAACCUGUCGCAUAAUGUGACCUCGAUGUGUUUGGUGAACAACUCUGCGGUGUGGUUCGGCGACAAUCUCGGCUUCAUUCACGCCUACAGUACCGCUCAAUAUUCUCGCAUCUUCAGCUACAAAAUGGAGCCCGAUGAAUUGGAGGAUGCGGCUCCCGUGAGGUCAAUCCAUUACCUUCCCGAUAUCCAGCGGGUGUGUGUAGCCAUGCACAAUGGUCGGAUGUUCCUUUGUUGUGCCAAUGUGAUCCCAAGGGCCGAGGAAGGUUGUGAGGGUACGUUUUUGAUUACGGAAUUGGGCAGUGCCACGUGCAUUCAUUGCGUGACCAGCAUCAAUCGGGGCAAGAGUGUGGAGAUCUGGUGUGGGGAAUCGCAUGGAGCAUUGUCCGUAUUCACACUCAAAGACGGGAUCGUGACUUCCCAAGAGGUGAUCAAUCAUCAUGAUCCCGUGAUCGAAAACAUCGAAGUCCUUCAGGUCAUCUCACAAGAAUACAAGGGUGUGUCCAACGAGAGUGGGAGUGCCUUGAUCUGGACUUCAAUCUAUCCCGGCAGUGUGAUCUACCAAUGGCAAACUGGGGACAAGCGUGGGAUCAAGAACCGCUUGGAUUGCUCCAAAUUAGUCCCCAGCUCCGAGUCAUUGAAAACCAUCGCCAUUGACGAACAUUUCUCGCCGGGGCGUUGCCAAAUCGCGUCCAUGGCCAUUCUCGAGCACAAGCUCUACAUCGGAACGAGUUGGGGUUGUCUGGUUGUGGUGGACGCGGUGAGCAUGCGACCGCUUUCGGUGUUUCGACCCUUCUCGGAAGGCAUCCAAGCUAUCAUUCCAAUUGUUCCUCCCAUGCCCAAGGCUACACGGCACCCUCUGAUGGUGACUUUGGGCAAAGGCUACCGAAGUUUGAUUGGUCGAUUCGUACCGGAUCGCCGAUUAAGAUUGAGCAGUGAAGAAGGCGAAUUGCUCGUGGAAAGUGAUAUUAUGUCCGCUCUACUCUGGAAGCCAGACGAUUGGCUUUGUGACUAAUCAAAUCAAAUGUACGAAUUAUUAGUAUGCAAGUAACAAUGGGCUUCAAAAUAUUCAAUUAUUGUUUGGUGUGUGUGUGUGUGCGCACCAAUCUAAGACUAGUUCUCAUCAACAAGCCAAUGCAUUGAAGAUGUAUUAACCCGUGUAACAACGAAUUCAAUCCAACUUCUCCACGAAUGACUAACGUUAACAAACCAAAAAAUGUAGUACAUCUGUGAUAAACAUCGAAUCUUACAAACGAUCCUUACAUUUAUAGAUAGAGAGAAAGAUAUAUUAACUCAUUUCUUCCUUCCUUCAUGUUCAACUCAUCGUUGAAAUAUACCUAUAUACCAAGUACACUGUA